UUUACUACGUUCAGAGAAACUUUUUUUUGAGAGCGCGCGCACACGGAAACCUACGAGGUCUUGGAGUUAUAUCGGCGAACUGCUUCGCUUGGAUAAAGACACACGCGCGACUGCGCUCACAACUUUACUUCUUCGAAGUUCAGGGCUGAGCCUGGAAAGAGAAAGCAUCUGCACCAUGAAGGUCCUUCUCACUCCACUGAUGCCCUUUCUGCUCUUCCUCAUCCUUCCUGAUGGCACCCGGUCCAGUGACUGCCCAGAGGACUGCUCCUGUUCCACGCCAGACUCCAUCUUGUGUUUCCAGAGACGCUCCUCUACUAUUCCCAAGGGAGUCCCCCCAUCCACAAAAAGCCUAUAUCUCUUCGCCAACGGCAUUGAGGGAUUGACAACUGAGGACUUUGAUAGCAUGGAAAACCUGGAGAUGCUGGACCUCAGUCAAAACAAAUUGACUGAACUUACUGAUAGGGUGUUUGAACCUUUGACCUCUUUGAGAAACCUGGACUUGUCAUCCAACCAGAUCACUGACAUUUCAGAGGAAUGCUUCCAGGGUAUGGCACUGCUUGAGCGCCUUUAUUUGUACAGUAAUCAUAUCGAGACCAUCCACCCUGCUGCCUUUAAUGGCUUGGAGCACCUGCUGGAACUCAAACUGCAGGGCAAUCAGCUGACGUCCCUGCCUGCUCUCUCAAUGGCACGACUACUGCUGCUGGAUCUUCGUUUCAAUGUCUUCCCCACCUUGGGUCCUUCAGAUCUCCACACCCCAAACCUUGAGUCGCUCAAAUUGGGCGGUGUGGGACUCAUCAGCCUGAAUAAGGAGCUCAUAAGUAGUCUAAAGAACCUCCACGAGCUGGACAUUUCAGGAAACCUACUCGAGUCCUUCCCCUCAGCACUAAAAGAGACCCAUGGUCUGAUUCACCUCAGCCUGGCUGGGAACCCAAUGGGCCCUCUUAAGGUUCAGGACAUGGAGAACCUUGGGGAGCUGCAGGAGUUGGACAUUAGCAGCCUAAGUUUGCAGGGCCUUCCUGAAGAGUUCACCCAACUCUUACCCCACCUCAGAAAGCUAACAGUUGCAGAAAACCCCUUCAACUGUCUCUGUACCUUAGCAUGGUUUCCAAGAUGGCUAAGAGCCCAGAGCAUCACCCUGGAGAGAACAGAGGAGACCCGCUGCCAUUUCCCACCAAUCAAUGCUGGAAAGGUAUUGGAGAGGCUGGAGCACAGGGAUUUUGGCUGUCCUACUACAACUACAGUCACAACUAGUACUGUCAAAACUACCACUACCCUGCCUGUUCCUGUCACUACCUUCCGGAGUACAACUAGAGCUAUUCUAGUUCCCAGGGCCAGUGACAACCCAACAAUCAAAGAUGACUCUCCCCUGCCCCCUGUUCCUGCCUCUCCCAGUAGCAGCAAUAUGGACCCAGGUGAGGAGCAGCAUUUCUGUCCCCCUCACACCUGUCUAAAUGGGGGUACUUGUCAGUUGGACCAGCACGGUCAAGUAGUAUGUACCUGUCCACAUGGCACCUCUGGCAUGUAUUGUGAAGUCCAAAACCAUCACCCACCUUCACCACCUGAAGCUGACAUCCCAUGGGCAACUGUCAGCGUAGAUGCACCAGACAUCAGCUCACAUCAAGCGACCACAACUUCAAUCCUGCUGGACCUCCACCGCUACAUUGAAAUGCGGCCUUACAUCCGUGGAAUUCGCUUAACCUAUCGUAAUCUCUCUGGGCCAGACCGCAGGCCGAUUCAACUCAGCCUACCAGCAUCAUUCCCAGAGUAUAUACUCAGAGGCCUGCAGCCCAACUCCACUUACAGAGUGUGUGCCAGUCCACUAGGUGCCCCUAGUGGCGCAGACAGUGUCUGCACUGAAGCCCAUACAGUUGCGGAAAGUGUCAGCAACCGUCGUCAACAGAUUGACGACCAGAGGCUAACAACUGUGCUGGUGCCUGCAAUUGCCAUCUUGCUACUGCUUGUGCUAAUAGCAACAGCAGUGGGAGUGAUAUGCUAUCUUCGCAGGAAAAAGGCCAAGGGCCACCUGGACCUAGAGUGUGAGCCCUCCCAGCUAGAGUUGGAUGGAGUGAAGGCUGGCAUGGACAACGGGGCACUGCCUCAGAAACAGCCCCAACUUAUGAUCCCUGAACCUGCUGUUCAGAAUGACAAUCUGGAAUAUGAGGAGUUGCUACUACAGGAUCACUGUACAUCAAAUAACAAUAUGACUUCACACAAGCCCUCCUACUUUUGACAACUGACUGACUCAUCAGGCCUAAACGAGGCUCUGUUUUCCCCACCGGGGAAAUACCGAGAGCAGUAAAUGGAGUCGUGAAAGUGGAGGACAAAGUAUCAACUAGCCAAACAGCAAAGGAGAAACUGAACAUAUAUUUAACUUAAUGCUCUCCGGUUGUCUUAAGUAGACUUUAAACAUGUUCAAAAACAUUGGUUUGGACUUUAAAAACCAUUGAAAGUGCCUCUACUCUAUUUACAUCCAUUCUGCUUCACUAUUCCCUUACUCACAUUGCUGGAAAGGCCACCUCUUAGUUCCCAUGCGGUGGUGCUGGGACUGAUGGUGUGCUGGGAUUGGCUGAAACCUAGGGUUAAGAAAUGGCAACCUCGAGCCCUUCAUUAUCUGUUCAGAAAGAAGAGUGGACUGAAACGGGGUUGUGCUGCCUUUUCCCCAUCACGACAGCCCAACUAAAGACAGCAAUUGUUUUUGCUGCAUGUUGUAACACCUUAUUACCACCGCAAAGGGAUCAGUGCUCGCUGUGAAUGACUUGUAAGACACCAAAUGAAGAUAUAAAGAGAAAAUAGCAGACGCUUGUAUUCUUUAUUUGGCUUUAAAACUCUUUUUGUUUUUGUAUGUAUGUUUUUUAUAUCCGUCUUUUCAUGUUAAAUGUUAUUGCGUAACAGCCUUCUAUAGUCUUUACCUCGCUCCCCCACACACACACACACACACACUUCUUGUGACUAACAGACAAAACAGCAGAUUAAAAUCUUUGAAGAUUAAAACUCAUUUGGUACCAGCAAAGUCAAUCAAAGGCUUUACCCCCAGAAUGUCAGACAGUCUAAGUAGAUGUGAGCCUGGACAGAAUCAAGACUAAAUCCCCCUUCUCGGCUCUGAAGCCCUCAGUCUGCUUUGCCACCACAAAGGUUGAAGGUAAGCAGGAUUACACAAGGUACACAGGGCAGCAGUCGAAUGAACCCCCUGUUUCAGUGCUGCACUAAAUUGCAUCCAGUUUGUAGCCUCAAUUACAGUAAGCACUCAAAUGACUACACAGCUAAAAAACUUUAGAGACUUUAUUUAUUAUUUAUAUUUGCCGCAAGGGAAACAGUUUUAUCCUCAAACUACAAUUCAUGUAUAUCAUGCUACUUCGCCUGGUGGUUGUGUGUUGCGUUUCCCUUGAGUAAAAAUAGCCUGCUCGGCGUUUCUCCUUGGCUAGGAGGGUCACCGUUUGCUCACUUACACCUAACAAGACAAUGUCCAUAAAACAGACUUUUUUAUACUGUUAUUUAGAGGACAAUGAGAAAACUGUGAGAUCUACAGAAGGUUAUUAUAAGGUGCUGAGAUCCAAAUCUGUGAAUAAAGGGCAAAGAAGGAUUCAAA